GCCGCCCCAUCCCCGCUCGCCCUGCCCGCUUCCGCGCCCCAGCGUGAGCCGCUUCAGCACUGCCUGGCCGCUAACAUGGCGCUGUCCGCCGACCCCCAUUUCAAGAAGCUGCUCGAGUGGCACAAGGCGAACGCCUCCAAGCUCGUCCUGCGGCAGCUCUUCGAGGGCGACAAGGAGCGUUUCCAGAAGUUCAGCUUGACUCUGAAUACUGAUCAUGGGGAUAUCUUACUGGAUUAUUCGAAGAACCUUGUUACAGAAGAAGUAAUGAAAAUGCUGGUGGAACUGGCAAAGUCAAGGGGUGUGGAAAGUGCCAGAGAGCGAAUGUUCAGUGGAGAGAAGAUCAACUUCACUGAGAACCGAGCUGUGCUUCAUAUCGCUCUGAGAAAUCGUUCCAAUGUGCCAAUACUUGUGGAUGGGAAAGAUGUUGUUCCAGAAGUAAACAAAGUGUUGGACAAAAUGAAACACUUCUGCCAGAGAGUCCGUGGUGGUGAAUGGAAAGGUUACACUGGGAAGACAAUCACUGAUGUGGUCAAUAUCGGGAUUGGUGGCUCUGACUUGGGGCCUCUGAUGGUAACUGAAGCCCUGAAACCAUAUUCCAAGGGAGGCCCACGUGUUUGGUUUGUGUCUAACAUUGAUGGUACUCAUAUAGCCAAAACACUGGCUGAGCUUAAACCGGACACUACACUCUUCAUCAUUGCAUCAAAGACUUUCACCACCCAAGAAACGAUCACUAAUGCAGAAACGGCCAAAGAGUGGUUCCUACAUGCUGCUAAUGAUCCUUCAGCUGUGGCCAAGCACUUUGUUGCCUUGUCUACCAAUGGUCCUAAAGUUAAAGACUUUGGAAUUGACCCUGAGAACAUGUUUGAAUUUUGGGAUUGGGUUGGUGGUCGCUAUUCUCUGUGGUCAGCCAUUGGUCUCUCCAUUGCCCUGCAUAUUGGUUUUGACAACUUUGAGAGUCUGCUUGCUGGAGCCCACUGGAUGGAUAACCACUUCCAUACGGCUCCACUGGAGAAGAAUGUGCCUGUUCUGUUGGCAAUGCUGGGGGUCUGGUAUAUAAACUGCUUCGGAUGUGAAACCCAUGCACUUCUGCCCUACGACCAAUACAUGCACCGCUUUGCUGCCUACUUCCAGCAGGGUGACAUGGAGUCUAAUGGCAAGUACAUUACCAAGAAAGGUUCUCGUGUGGACUACAGUACUGGCCCUAUUGUGUGGGGAGAGCCAGGCACCAAUGGGCAGCAUGCUUUUUACCAGCUCAUUCAUCAAGGGACUCGCAUGAUUCCCUGUGACUUUCUGAUCCCAGUCCAGACUCAGCAUCCAGUCAGAAACGGUUUGCAUCACAAGAUCCUUUUGGCCAACUUCCUUGCUCAGACUGAGGCCUUGAUGAAAGGAAAGACUGCUGAUGAAGCUCGUAAGGAACUGCAAGCAGCAGGACUGAGUGGGGAUGCUCUGGAGAAGCUUCUUCCCCACAAGGUCUUUGAAGGCAAUCGCCCAACCAACUCCAUCAUGUUUACAAAACUCAACCCAUUCACUUUGGGAGCAAUCAUUGCCAUGUAUGAACACAAGAUAUUUGUUCAGGGAGUUGUCUGGGAUAUUAACAGCUAUGACCAGUGGGGAGUUGAGCUUGGAAAACAACUUGCCAAGAAAAUUGAGCCUGAACUGGAGUCAGAUGCUCCAGUGACAUCUCAUGAUAGCUCAACAAAUGGGCUCAUCAAUUUCAUCAAAAAACACAGAGCCUGAAGUGAAAGAUUCCGAGGACAUCGACAAUCUAACGACCGAAUACUUAAGUCUGUUGUAGUUGUGCUUUUUUAGCCACUUUUAACAAAAAUAGCACUUUACCGACAUAGCUUCUUCACUUGUUGCAGUUAAUCCUGUUGCGUCAAGUGUUACCAAUGAAAACUAGUUGUGAAACCAAGAGAUUGUAUAGUUGCUUUCUAUUUUUGUGGUUGUUGAUCUGUAAAGUGCAGCUGGUAUGUUCCUCACUUCUUAUCCGUCAACUUCCUUAAAGAUGAUCACAUGAUAUUAGGAAAUAAAAGAUAUGAUGGAUGAGUAAAACUUCUUCACUUUUUUCUGUAUCUUUAAAACGCAGACCCAGUAACACUUCUCUUACUGUGUGUAAGGUUCUCUAAAGUCAAGUGCACCAGCUUGUUGAGUAUGUCAUUGCCUUGGACUGGGUCUGCUAUAAGCUAGAAGUAUGUUCAAAGAAUAGAGUAAUCCAUGGCUAUAAAUUUUUCAGGUUUUAUGUUAAUGUGUCUGAGCAAGAUGCAGAUGUUUUAGUACUAUUAUGUAAAGUUUGCCACUUUUGGUAGGUCUGUAUUGAUUUUGUCCAGAAGCCAUGAAAGCUCUGCACAGACAGCUGUUCAAAAAGCAGGAAUAUUCCUGGACUGACAGUGAUGUAUUGAGCUCUGGAAAGUUUGGAAAACUAUGUGAAGCUGAAGAUUGGCAUUAAUUGCAGCAAUGUAUUUUGGUACCUUCAAGUGAUGGCUUAUUUCAGUCUUAACUCUAUUUCAGUCUUAAAUCUCCAUCACUCUUAACAGAAGUCUGACUAGAGAACAAUGUGACUGCUUGUGAAUGAGUUGCUUAUCCUCUAAUUCUCUACCCCUCUUACUCCUCUCUGUUAGUAGAGUAGCAUGCUGUGGCUAUUGUUCCAAACACCUCUAAUAAAGGUAAGACACAAGCGUGGAAGGGAAAAAUAAGAUAAUAACUGUUGUUCUCAUACAGUGACAAGAAAGUCUGAACAUGCAACUCCUACUGUACAUGUUUGCUGUCAGUCAAUGAAUUGGCGGCAGCAGCAGCCUUGUUAUUACUGAUACGACACACUAAGAACUCCUUCAUGAGGUUAACAAUGUCUGCUUAAAUUGGAAUUUUACGUUCAUACUGUGAACAGUACAGUGGUGCUAUGUUCUUGAUCACCAUUAUAAAGCACUGCCACAAAUAGCCCACCAGAGGGAGUUAAAAUAUUUUCACAAAAGGUUUUAAAACUUUCCUUUAGCUCUGUAACAGUUCCUGCAUCUCAGCUCCUCACAGUUUGUUAAGAGGUAACGUGUGAAGUGACAUCCUGCAUGAUCCUGGUGGUAUUGCUGGGUAGCUCGUGUUGUUAUCUGUUACUCCUGUAGACUUCUACCCCCAGAAAUUUUACCUCAUAACACAAAGCAGAAGAGCAAAAAGACUGUGGUACUGUUUGUGUGUAAUAAAACAAUACUCCAGCAGUGGUGACUUCAA